AAAUAGAUAGUUUAAGAUGCAAAAAAAAAUAUAUUUAUUUAAUGAAUAUAAUAUGAACGAAUGUUACAAAUACAUUAUUUAAUAAAAUAAAUAAUUAAAAACUGAAAAUUUAUAUCCGCGGUCUAGUAAUUUAAUAAAGUAGAAAACCAAGAGCGGAUAUGGUAGAAGACACACCACCCCUAGUUUUGACUUCCCUUCUCCAACUAUAUAUAAGUAAAGACAAUUGUUUAAGAGAAACAACGAGAACGAGAAGAUUCGAUUUAGAAAAAGUAAUAAGAAUGUUGCUGGUGACGGUAUUGGCCGAGAUGCUGAAGGACUACACGGUGGUACUCGCCGGAGCUUUGGAGUAUCUCUUCUCUCCGGCGCCUUUUCCGAGGAGAAUUCGACUUCAUAUUUUAUAUUCUCUUCCUUUCCAUCGCUCCAGUUCCUCUCACCCUCUUCUCCUUCCUUCUCCUACUCUUCCUUACACUCCUACUUUGUAACCCAGAAUCUUGAUGUGUUCUUUCUUUCUUUGACUUUAUGAUUUUUCUUUGAGUUGAGUUGUGUAAUCCAGAGACUUCGUUGUAAAUAAGAUCUUUUCCAUUAAUGCAUCCUUUUGUUGAAAAACACAAAAGAAACAAGUUACAGAGCUUUGUUGGUAUCUCCUUUUGUUAUAUUUUCUUGAAUUGAUCUGUUAAAGAAGAUUCUUGUAUUGAAAACCAUCACGAGAAGAAGACUGUUUUUU